AUGGGACUCGGCCCCCAGAAUUCUCUGAUUUGCCCUCGACCGGUGGCCAGUUUUGUGUUGAAUAUUCAGUUUGAGGAUCAAGAGCUGGAGCUGUACUUAUCACUCUUAGAUGAGAUUCGGGAUGCUGCUAUGACACGUCAUUCCUCGAAUGUUGAGGUUGAAAUUGGCACCUAUUCUAGCCACGAACUGGAAAUGAACAGGCUUGAUUAA